AUGCAGACAGCAAAACUUGCUAAAGGGGAGGAAGCUCUUGAUCUUGGCCUAGUUGAUGCUAUAGUUUCACCUAACCAAUUAUUGGAAACUGCUCGUAAAUGGGCACUCGAUAUUUGGGAGCGCAAAAGACCUUGGAUUCCCACUCUUAACAGAAAUGACAAGGUAGAGUCUGUUAGUGAUGCAAAGGAUAUUCUAAAGUUUGCUAGAGCUCAAGCCAUCAAACAGGCUCCAAAUCUUUAUCAUCCUUUAGCCUACAUAGAUGUUAUUGAAGAGGGCGUAGUGUCCGGUCCACGUGCUGGACUUAUGAAGGAGUAUGAAACAUUCGAAGUUCUUCUUCGUUCAGACACUUGUAAGGCCUUAGUCCACAUUUUCUUUGCUCGUCGUGGAACGACUAAGGUUCCAGGGGUGACUGAUCUGGGAUUAGUGCCACGACACGUUAAGAAAGUUGCGAUUGUUGGAGGUGGAUUAAUGGGUUCUGGAAUUGCAACUGCAUUUCUUCUUAGUAAUUAUGCUGUGAUCUUAAAAGAAGUUAAUGACAAAUUUCUGGAGGCUGGGAUUGAUAGAGUAAAAGGUAAAAAGCAAAUCUGCAACGCCACGUUAAAAGGAAAAUUGAGUGAAGAGAAGUUUGAAAAAGCUCUCUCCCUACUCAAGGGUACUCUUGAUUAUGAAAGCUUUAAAGAUGUUGACAUGGCUGUCACUGAAGACGUACCUUUAAAGCAACAAAUAUUUAUUGAUCUAGAGAAGUUUUGCCCUCCACAUUGUAUACUUGCUAGUAAUACCUCUACAAUUGACUUGAAUUUGAUUGGAGAAAGGACCAAAUCUCAAGAUCGUAUUAUUGGAGCUCACUUUUUCAGUCCGGCUCAUGUGAUCCCACUUCUGGAAAUUGUUCGCGCUCAACAGACAUCUCCACAAGUAAUAGUAGACUUGCUUGAUGUUGGAAAGAAGAUAAAGAAAACCCCUGUAGUAGUAAGGAAUUGCACUGGUUUUGCUGUCAACAGAAUGUUCUUCCCUUAUACCCAAGCUGCUCUUUUGCUUGUUGAACAUGGAACUGAUAUGUAUUGCAUUGAUAGAGCUUUUACUAAAUUUGGAAUGCAUAUGGGUCCCUUCAGACUGUGUGAUCUUAUUGGAAUUGGUGUUGCAAUGGCUACUGAAGCUCAGUUUAUAUUGAAUAUGCCCGAUAGAACUUACAAGUCAAUGCUUAUUCCACUCAUGCAACAAGAUAAAAGAUUAGGUGAAACGACUCAGAGAGGGUUCUAUAUAUACGAUGAAAGAUGCAAAGCCAAGCCUGAUCCAGAAAUUAAGAAAUACAUUGAGAAGGCAAGAGAUAUUUCUGGUGUCAGUACUGAUACUAAGCUCUUACACUUAAGUGUUUUGGACUUGAAUCAGCUGGAAAAACUCUCGGACAAGGAUAUCGUCGAAAUGAUAUCAUUCCCUGUAGUUAAUGAAGCAUGCAGAUUACUUGCUGAAGGCAUUGCUGUCAAAGCUGCUGAUCUUGACAUUGCUUCUGUUAUGGGCACAUCUGUUAUGUUCUGA